AUGUCUCUAACAGCCUCAACAGUAUCUUACUCGCUCGAAGAUCAUGCCUUGAUGCUCGAUGAUGCCGCUCGCUAUGCGGUGGCCGUCGUAUUAAUGAUCGGUUUGGCUUUAUGCCUCUUCGUAAUCGAUGAGUUUCGUGGUACCAGACCGGAGGCUUCGACGGCGUUCAUGCCAGUUUUUUCUCCCGUUGAGAGCAACCCAUGGGCUAAGCUGAAUGACUAUGAGUACUUCUCUGGCCUGUUCGGUCUUGGGAAGUGGGGUUUGUGGAAGUGGCCCACCAAGAUGGUCCGCCGCAGCACUGCUAGGCUCGCCAAAAGGCUGCGUAAGGAGACAAAUGACCACUCUUAUCGUGAAACAGGCCUCCCAUGGGCACCCGUUGUCCAUGCUUACAUCAGCUGGGUGGUCGUUGGUCAGGUUGGGUAUCCUGCCACACCGGUAACUCUGGCUCGGGCCAGAUUCUGUGUGAGUGCUAGCCAUACGAAGGAGCAACUAGAUACUACCCUUGAGGUUAUGAAGGAGGUCUCCAGGAUAGUGGGCAUCGAAUACGGUAACAACACGGAUGAGGUAGCAUCUAGAGCAUACAGAAAGUACCUCUCCGAGGCAGCAAUCGUCAGCGAUCCUUUGCCUGGCUUGGCGACCUAUUGGAGGCCAGAGCCUCUGGUCCCUAGCUGGGUGGAUGCGGAGGAGGGAGAGAAUAUGUCGAGUAAAAGUGAGGAGGGGAUGGGAAUCUGUUAUUGGUCUCUCUCUGGUCUUGAAGCUUGUGGGCCUUUGAGUGAACAAAUCGCUGAGUUUGGGUCUAAGCGUAGACCGGUGGUCCUCAUGAUAGGUAUCUCUACUACUGAUUCAACCUCCCGGGAUGGUUGCUCGAGUCAUUCUGAGGAUGAGCACGGCGACUCUUUGGUGGAUUUCGCCACGAUCGAUCCGUUGUCACUCCAGCAUAAGCCAGACGACAGCCUGAUGGAGAUUGCGAGGGCCGUCGUGAGGGAGAAGGGCUUCGGUACCUGCGGCCCGAGAGGCUUCUAUGGUACUGCCGUUGAGCAUUUGGGCUUGGAGAAGGCUAUCAGUGAGUUACUUGGAACAGAGGCAUCCAUUGUGUACAGUCAUCAUACUGUGUCCGACUCGAGCGUGAUUCAAGCAUUCCUUACUAACAACGACUUCGCUAUAGUCCAUAAGGAUGCGAAUGUUCAUAUGUGUACGGGUCUCAAACUUUCUCGUGUAAAGAACAUUACUUGGUGGUCGGGCGACAUCGAUGAGCUGGCUAGUCUGGUAGAGGCACAGAGCAAAGACGUGAAGAUGGCUGCGAGGGCUGCUAUUUACUGGGCGAGCGAGAUAUGUGUGUUUUUUCAGGUCGUCGAGAUUAAAGACGAAUUUGGUGCCUAUCUGCUGCUUGAUGACACCUAUGGCAUCGGUACAGUGGGUGAGAAUGGUCGAGGAUAUUGUGAAUACUACGGAGUUCCAUGUUCUUCCGUCGACCUCCUCGUAGGCUCCCUCGAGCACGCCUUCGGAUCACAGGGGGGAUUUUGUGCUGGACAACAAACCAGCAUUGAUCACCAGACUCUUCAUGGCAGCGGCUAUCGUUUCAGCUCUAGCUCUCCACCGGCUUCUUGCAAGUUCGCAGCUGAGACGAUGCGUCGUCUGCAAGGGAAUGAGCGUCUUCGUUCCCUUCAAGCCAAUGUUGAGCAACUGCACCAACGUCUAGUCGACGCUGGGGUAAAGGUUCUCACUGACUCGCAAUGCUUCAAGCAGAUUAUUGAGGUUGGUGAUGCCCAGAGUGUCGCACAAUUUUUGAGAAGGGAGGGUUUUGCCGUUCAGCCUGUGCUGGUGUCACCACUAGAAAAUGCCGGCUUGACUGCGUCGGAGCGGAAGAAUACUAUGUUGAGAAUUUGUGUCCGUGCGGAUCAUACAUCAGCCCAGAUUGCCCAGCUUGGAACCUCUUUGAAGGGGCUGCAUCCAUCGUCGCUACUCUCGGUUCGUCAAGAUGAGGGUAGCAACAGCUGUGCUUUUCGGACAUUGCCCUCUCGUUCUCCGUAUAGGGGCUAGGAAUAGGCGUAUAGAGGCUGGCAUGACGUAUUUAUUUGGUUACUAUUAAUACCUCCCUUUGAGUUUGACGUCAUUUUAGUGCUGUGCCUUCUGAGCUUCUCCUCGCCACCUCGGUAUAGACUAGCGGCAAGGAGCUAAUCGUACUAGUCCUUCUGACGUCGUGCACGAGCUGCUGAUGGAGUGGCAACCCUUCGCCAAAUGGUUGACUCCGUCGCUUCUCAUGUCGUGCAUUAUUCUUUUGUCUUUUCGAACUUUUUCAGAUAGUGGUCAUGAUGGUACGCUCCGCUCCAGUCGUAUUAUUACUCCUUCUAGGCUCCUCAAUGGGAGUCUGCCUUACAGAGGGUUUUUAGCAGAUUUUUAAACUUCGGAUUAGUGGAAUUUCCCUAUUGCUAUCAGUGAUAAGUGCCCAGGUGAAUGGCGAAAAGGUUAUCGGGCUAUCCAUCGACGACACCUCCUGGGACUAUCACAGUGAAUAGCACCAGCUACUUUUCCGUAUGACUUUCAAGCGAAUUUUCGAUG